UAUCUUCCGAGCUUUCCACUGUACGUGAGAAGUUCUCCGCUUCACGUUUGAGUAACCUGGAGUGAAGUUGCCGGGGAAGAGCUGAGGCUCAGCAUCGCCUACACCUGUCCACGUUUAUUUUGCGGUAGAGAUAACAUCUGUGGAGGCGAGUGGACAGGCAAGGUUUCAGGUCCGAACCCUUCUUCAGACACGAACUCCUUUUCAGAACAGGGACACCGAAUUAUUUAGUUUGCUGAUUGCAUUUACUCCAAUGCAUUUUUGAUUAAACAACCCAUUCAGAGUGAGGAACAGCUAAAAACAGCAAACAGCAAGUUUUGUUUCUGCAUAGCUAAUUAAGCUGUUGGAUCUAUACAACCAUUCCUAAUGUCUGAAAUGCAUGGAGUACCAAACGGGAAAGCAAAAGAGGAAGAUGAUAUGUCAAAUGGUGACUUGGGUGACGGUUUUCGCAGGAAGCCUGGUGGAAUUUAUGAUGGGCAACAUUGUUCAAUUGCUGAGACUUCAAGAUCAAGACAAGGAUCCGAUUGCAAUGGUGAUGUAUUUAGUAGAAAUAUAAAAAAGGAUGAAAAGAAUGAGAUUCCAUGUUUCCGUUGGACCACAAACGGCAGCAUUUCCGAUUCCUUCCACCAGCUUAUGAAUUCUGAUGUAACUAGUAUCAGCAGGCGAUUGAGCAAUAUUGGUACAGAAGUUGAAAUGUCAAACGAAGAACUAAAACUGAGGCUCCUGGAAGUUAUGCAGGAAGCAGAAAUUUUACGAUCUGAGCUUGAAGUAACACAACGGAAACUCGAGGGAAAAUAUGAAGCCUUAAAAAUACUGCAGGGCAUGGCAGUGCUUGAUAAAGCCACAGUGCACACAAAGACUCUACAUCAAAAAACAGGGGAACGAAACAAGAUUUUAGAAAAGGAAGUCAAUAUAUUGCAGUGGGAAAAUGACUUCAAACAAGAUAAAUUUAAAAAUCUGGAACAGUUUUGGACUGAAAGGUUUGAAAGAAUGUGCAUUGAAAACGCUGAUCUUGCCAAAAAUUUGGAAGUAAGAGAUGCUGAGAUUCGGGAUCUCAAAUCAGAAAAGGCAUUAUUGACCCAGCAAUCUUCAGAGCUAUUAGCAAUGCUCAACAUAAAGGAUCAACACACAUUCCAAAGAACAUUGCCAACAACCAUGAAUGGCUUUACUGAAAUUACAGCAUUAGAGCUGGGAGUGCUUGGAGCCUGUCACUGUAAUACUAUUAGAGCGGAGCCUUGUGGUUGUGCCAGAAUGGCAGCCGCUACACGCAAGGAAUUGUUGCAGCUUAAGCAAAAGUUUGAUUUCCAGAGAAAGCGCGAGGAAGAGGCAUAUCUUGUGGCUGAUGCAUUUAGAAGUGCUUUUGAACAUCAACUGAAAAGGACAAAUGAUCAAACUCUUCGAAUUACUGAAGUGGGAAAACUGCACAGAAAAUAUCUCAAGAAAUGGCUUGUGUCGACGCAAUCCAAAGAAGAUCCUACUUGCAAAACAGAAGCGAAUCAUACAACAUUUGGGCAAAAGUUGAAGGGGCUGUUUAAUUCCGCAGCAGACUAUAAGAAAUUGGAAGUCUUGGAUGACCCACAGGAAGUGCUGAGGAUGCUUAUUGACUUGUUAAAUGAUAAAGAGGAGGCUCUGGCACAUCAGAGGAAAGUUAGCUAUAUGCUGGCACGAAAUAUUGAAGGACAAAAUCGAAAUGACUCUCAGGACAUCCCAACUACUGAUGGUUCAAGAUUUCUUCACUGUCAAAAAAGAUCUGAAGAGCUCAAAAAUACCACAAGCCCAUCAGUUGAUCGACGCUUAAAGGAGCACAGAACUGUGUUCAGGACAUAUUCUUUUCCUCCAAGUUACUUUGCAGAAAGUUAAAAACGCAAAGAAUAUUUAAACAUUUUGUGGCAAUAUUUAAUACAAUUGGAUGAAGCCCUCCUCAUAACAAAGUGGCCAGGAAAUAGCAGAUAUUUAAUGAAUUUUACCAUUUUUAAGUGAACUCUUCAGAAGCAAUGGUAUACCAUCUUUUAAAAUAUAUGACUAAACUGUGUUUUCCAUUUCUCUGGAAUCUCAUUAGUCCAUUUUUUGAAAAUAAGUUCAGCAUUUAAUGACUUUGGAUGGAAUGUGUUUUGCACUUUACAUUAUGGCAAUUAAAUGUUAUUUACCAUAUGAUGCAAACUAUGGAUGCAAAUCUGGGCAAAUCAUGAUGAAACCAAUGCUCUGGCCAAAAGAAAAUGAAUGGAGCUUUGUUUUAUGCUUUGUUCAUUGGGAAUCAAAGGAAGAAAUUGGAUUACAUCCAUGUGGAUGGAUUGCCCUGCUCUUCAAAAUCUCAGUUACAUAAAAAUACCUGUGAAGUUUGGGUUCUGCAGUCUUGAAUGUACCUCAAAGUGAUUUUGUAGAGAAAUGCAACAUUGUUAAAGAUCUGUUUAAGUAUUUCAAGUUGGCUUGUAAAUUAGCUCUCAUGUAAAAAAGCAAACUUAAUUUUUUGAAUUUCAUUUGAACGUAUGUGGUUUUAUUUAAGCAAACAGAAGUCAAUUUGCACAUAUCAGGGGCACACAAACAGUUAGAAUAAUUGACCUGUUAUUCUGCUCUAUUUCAAAUGAUUUAAGUACUAUUUUUGUUUAUGUUAAUAAUGUUUUUUGCUUUAAAAAAGGAUUCUUACCAAUAAAUCUUCAGUUAUCCAGUGAGUGAUCAUGUGGCAGAAGAGAGGGAGAAACUUAAAGUAAUCAUCAUCAUCAGUAGUGAAAAAGUAUUGUAUAAACUAAUGGGAUUAAAGCUGACAACUCCCUUGGAAUUUAGGGUCUCAUGUGCCCAGUGAUAGUGGUUGCAUUGGAGAUGACCUUCCAUAAUUCCCUGGAUUCUGGAAAGAUCCCAGCAUAUUGAAAAAUCAUAGACUUAUAAGCUCAUUCAAGAGACUUGGUCCCUUCUCCAGUAAUUAUUUAGAUCUGAUGGUUCAAAUAUAGGUGCGGGAGGAAGGAUAUGUGGAGGAAACUAGGGCAGGGCAUGCACUGUUAAUGAUAAAGUACUGCAAAGUGCAGAAUAGAAAGAUGUACAAAUAUGUAGUUCCAUGAAAAUGGCGACAUGGGUAUUCAGGGUGGUAAAGAAGGCAUAUGACACGCUUUCCCUUGUCUGACAGCCUAUUGAGUACAACAAUAUGGACACUGUUAUAGAACAUGGCUGAGACCAGGCUGGAAGUGUGUGUGUGUGUGCGCAGUUCAAGUCACCAUACCAUUGGGAGGAUGUGAUUCAACUAGAGGGUGCUUGGAAAAAAA